AAACGUUCUUUAUUCCAGGUAAUUGAGUGAUGAAAAAAGAUGACAUUGCAUGAGCAGAUUCUCCAACGUAAGCUGAAGUCUCGGGAAAGGAGACGUUUACAGCUUCAACUGGCACAAAAGGCCAAACACUCAUCCAUUCCCAGAAAGUCUGAUUCCAUAAGUUCUGGGGGUUCAACUUCCUGCAAGUCUGAAUACCAGGGAAAAAAGAAUUUGAGAAAAUUGACAAAACAAGAGUCUCCUAUUGCAGCCAAGAAGCAAAAGACAGAAGAGGAAGAGUACAAAGCAGAAGAUAGCAGUGAAUCUGGAGAGUUGAGCAAGGACAAGGUAAAUGGAGCUAGAGAAGGUGAAGAAGGUGGAAGUGAAAAUGAACAGAAAGGAGAAUCUGAGGAGGAAAAAGAUGAAGGAGGUGCAGAAAGGAGGGUUGGAAAUACUGAUGAUUUGUCUUUGCCAGGCACAAGCACUGGGCUGGGAGGAAUACUGUCAGAUCAGUCCUUUGCCUCACUUCAGGGUGUUGUGUCAAAGGCAACCCUGAAGGCAGUUGCAGACAUGGGGCUGACCCACAUGACAGAGAUCCAGGCCAAGGCUAUCCCACACCUCCUUGAGGGGCGGGACCUCAUGGGUGCAGCCCGCACAGGAAGUGGGAAGACCCUUGCCUUCCUCAUCCCUGCUGUGGAACUAAUCUACAAACUCAAGUUCCUUCCCAGGAAUGGAACAGGAUGUCUGAUCAUCUCACCAACCCGAGAGCUGUCUAUGCAAACAUAUGGAGUCCUGGCUGAGCUGCUCAAGCACCACAGCCAUACUCAUGGCCUCAUCAUGGGUGGAGCCAACCGACAAGCAGAAGCACAGAAGCUUGCCAAGGGUGUGAAUUUUGUGGUGGCAACACCAGGACGUCUUUUGGACCACCUGACCAACACCAAGGAAUUUGUAUUUAAGAACCUCCAGUGCCUUAUCGUAGAUGAGGCUGACCGAAUUCUGGAUAUUGGCUUCGAGGAGGAGAUGAAACAGAUCAUCAAGCUUCUCCCCAAGCGUCGGCAGACAAUGCUGUUCUCAGCAACUCAGACCCAGAAGACAGAGGACUUGGUUAAAUUGGCCCUGAAGAAGGAGCCCACCUAUGUUGGGGUUGAUGAUCAGCGUGACAAGGCCACUGUUGAGGGACUUGAGCAAGGUUACGUGGUUUGUCCAUCAGACAAGCGAUUCCUUCUCCUCUUCACGUUUCUGAAGAAGAACCGAAAGAAGAAAGUGAUGGUGUUCUUCUCCUCUUGCAUGAGUGUCAAGUACCACCAUGAGCUGCUCAACUAUAUUGACCUGCCUGUCAUGAGCAUUCAUGGGAAGCAGAAACAGAACAAGCGCACAACGACAUUUUUCCAGUUCUGCAAUGCAGAAAAUGGGAUCCUUCUCUGCACUGAUGUGGCAGCUCGAGGCUUGGACAUCCCAGCUGUGGACUGGAUUGUCCAGUAUGACCCUCCAGAUGAUCCCAAGGAGUACAUCCAUCGUGUGGGAAGGACAGCUCGAGGUGAGGGAGGUCAAGGCCAUGCCCUCCUCAUCCUUCGACCUGAGGAGGUGGGCUUUCUUCGAUACUUGAAACAAGCCCGUGUCCCUCUCAAUGAGUUUGAGUUCUCUUGGAGCAAGAUUGCCAACAUUCAAUCUCAGUUGGAGAAGUUGAUAUCAAAGAACUACUUCCUGCACAUGUCAGCCAAGGAGGCAUUCAAAGCCUAUGUCCGGGCCUAUGACUCUCAUCACUUGAAAAACAUCUUUGAUGUGAAUACCCUUGAUCUGGCUCAGGUUGCCAAGUCAUUUGGCUUCACCGAUCCACCAGCUGUUGACCUUCGUAUCCUUUGCCUUCAUGCAACAUUGGAA